ACACACACACACACACACACACACACCUCUUUUGAUAGUGGCAUGCAAAUAGGCAUGCACUUAGAGGAAGUAGGAGCAGCCUCACUCCACUGCUUCACAUGUGUAGCUCGAUAUUUGUACCCAGAGAUGCUGUAAGUGAGCAGAAUGAUAUCAUGGCAGGGGAGCGCGGUAGGGGGUCAAUUGUUAACCGCUUCAAUGUGACAGGAACAGGAAGUGGUUAACAGAGCAAGCUACAACAUGAGGCUCGUCUGUUCCUCUGUCUCGACACUGCCUGUACAUCACCUCAGCCUUCUCAAAUACAUCCGGCUUUACCAUGAAUUUAACUUAAAUCUGGAGGGAAUAUCUUCAGCCCCAUCCUGCCUGGCACCUGUUUGAUUCUUGGGAGCCAAAAUGACACACAACCAUGCUGGGACUGCCAAUGGUACCAUGAAGAAGGGACAGGAACUUAAGAUUGUGAUAGUGGGAGAUGGAGGCUGCGGGAAAACAUCACUUCUGAUGGUUUAUGCUAAAGGUGAUUUUCCAGAGAAAUAUGCACCGUCUGUGUUCGAAAAAUAUGUCACAACCAUCUCUCUCGGAGGAAAAGAGAUAAAGCUCAACCUGUACGACACAGCUGGACAGGAUGACUAUGACAGACUUCGGCCGCUCUCAUACCAAGAAGCUGAUCUGAUUUUAGUCUGCUUCGAUGUGACCAACCCCACCAGCUAUGAGAAUGUCCUGAUAAAGUGGCACCCGGAGGUGAAGCACUUCUGCCGGGACACUCCUGUCAUCCUGAUUGGCUGCAAGACUGACCUCAGGAAGGAUAAAGAGUGUUCGAGGAAGCUCAAAGCCAUGAAUCAGGUCCCCGUCACUUAUACAGAGGGUGAGGAGACCCGGCAGCAGAUGAAUGCAGAGCUAUACCUCGAAUGUUCGGCUAAACAUCAGGAGAACGUGGAAGACAUUUUCAGAGAGGCCACCAAAAGGACUUUGGCUUUCAAUCGAAAACAAAAGAACAACAAGAGGAAAAAGAACUGUGUCGUUUUGUGAAGUAAAAAACACACAAUAGAGGACUCCACUGGCUAACCUUCUCAUCCACACUGAGGAAGGUUGGACAUUCAGGGACAAGGGGGUUGCAGCUUCUACUCAGAGAACAUUGUGACCCCUUGAAUCAUCAGCCCUUUACUUAUACAAGAACAUGACCAAUGAGGUAACAGGAAAGAGUUUUGCAAGUGGUGUGCAACUUGAAAUGCCAUUUAUUUUAACUUUUGUACGAGAUGCCUUUUUUUUCUUCUAUAUUUUCUAAUAUAAAGCUUUGUGCCGUUUCAAAAACCUGUAUUUUCAUUAAAGUAUGUACAUCUUUUAGGAUGUUUUUGCUACUGAAUCUGGUUUCAAAGCUGCUGGUAUAUAACACAUUCUCAGACUGACUAGUUUUUGAAAUGCAAUACAUUAUGGUACUAUAGCUUUAAGAAAACAUGUUUGAUCAACACCCAACAGUUAGUUCAUUUCCAGUAAAACAAAACACUGAUCUAGAAUUUGCUUUGGAGCUGAGCCAAAAUGAAGCAGACCUCUUAUCUUUACCAACAGCGCCCACUAGUGUUGGAAACAAUUAAUGUUUGCCAUGGGUGAACACGUUUGGUAUUUACACGAUUCCAACACAGGGGGAAUUAUUUUCAUUGCACAAAAAAACAAAAUAGACAGAGCAACAAUGUUUGAUUCGGUGUUUAAUUAUUAAUAUACUUUAUACAACAAUGAACACAGAUUGAGGAUUUGUUACUGGUCACGUUACUCAAGCACCAGUUAGUCUUGAAGUGAACGGUGAAAACAUUGUUUAACAUCAGCUACAUCAUAAAAAUGAGGAAAUCAAGUUCUGUGCAUCUUGGCAACGCUUACAUCAAAAGUAA